AUGGCGAACAACCGGAGCAUCGAGCUGGAGCACUUCGAGGAGCGGGACAAGAGGCAGCAGCGCUCUGGACAGCGCCGCGGCGGCCCCGGUGGGGGGGCGGGGCCGCGGGGCAACGGGCUGAUCCCCAGCCCGGCGCACAGCGCCCACUGCAGCCUUUACCGGACGCGGACCCUGCAGGCGCUCAGCUCGGAGAAGAAAGCCCGAAAAGCCCGCUUCUACCGCAACGGGGACAGGUACUUCAAGGGCUUGGUAUAUGCCAUCUCCACUGACCGCUUCCGCUCCUUCGACGCCCUACUCGUUGAGCUCACCCGGUCCCUGUCGGACAAUGUGAACCUGCCCCAGGGUGUCCGCACCAUCUACACCAUCGAUGGCAGCAAGAAGCUCACCAGCCUGGAUGAGCUGGUGGAAGGUGAAAGUUAUGUAUGUGCAUCCAAUGAACCAUAUCGCAAAGUUGAUUACACCAAGAAUGUCAAUCCAAACUGGUGUGUGAACAUAAGGACUGGGUCCACUCGAUCCUUGACAUCUUUGACAUCCACAAAGAGUGAAGUGAAGGAGAGUAAAGAUUUCAUUAAACCCAAGUUAGUGACUGUUAUCAGGAGUGGAGUGAAGCCACGGAAAGCUGUGAGAAUUCUGCUGAAUAAGAAGACUGCUCACUCCUUCGAACAGGUCUUGACUGACAUCACAGAAGCCAUUAAGUUAGACUCAGGUGUAGUCAAGAGACUUUGUACACUGGAUGGAAAACAGGUCACGUGCUUGCAGGACUUCUUUGGAGAUGAUGAUGUCUUCAUUGCAUGUGGGCCUGAGAAAUACCGAUAUGCUCAGGAUGACUUUGUGCUGGAUCACAGUGAAUGCCGUGUUAUGAAGUCCUCUUAUUCCCGAUCGUCUGGCAUUAGGCAUUCUGGGUCCAAAAGUCCAGGUCCUUCACAUCGAAGCAAAUCACCUGCCUCAGUAAAGAGGGGUGGCCACUACUCCAGUGCUCAUUCUUCAGCAAAAUCCCCAGUUAAUGGAACCCCAAGCAGUCAGUUAUCCACUCCAAAAUCUACAAAGUCCUCCAGUUCUUCACCAACAAGCCCAGGCAGCUAUCGUGGACUCAAGCAGAUCCCUCCACAUGGUGGAUCCUCUUCCAAUGUGAAUGGUGUACCUGAAUCACUCCAUUGCCAGAGUCCCGAAGGUGUGAAUGGAAACAAAUGCUCAGUGUCAUCUACCAUUCUUGAGAAGUAUAGAGUGGGGAAGGUGAUUGGUGAUGGCAAUUUUGCUGUUGUAAAGGAGUGCAUAGAACGAUCCACAGGAAAGGAAUUUGCACUGAAGAUCAUAGACAAGGCUAAAUGCUGUGGAAAGGAACACCUGAUUGAAAAUGAAGUGUGUAUUCUGCGUCGAGUGAAGCAUCCAAAUAUCAUUAUGCUUGUAGAGGAAAUGGACACUCCAACAGAACUUUAUCUGGUGAUGGAGCUGGUCAAGGGAGGAGAUCUAUUCGAUGCUAUUACUUCCUCUACAAAAUACACAGAGCGAGAUGGGAGUGCAAUGGUUUACAAUCUAGCUAGUGCACUCAAAUACCUUCACAGUCUCAACAUUGUGCACAGAGACAUUAAGCCAGAAAAUCUCCUGGUAUGUGAAUAUCCAGAUGGAACGAAGUCUUUGAAGCUAGGAGACUUUGGACUGGCGACUGUGGUUGAAGGACCUUUAUAUACUGUCUGUGGUACACCCACAUAUGUGGCUCCAGAAAUCAUUGCAGAGACAGGAUAUGGCUUGAAGGUAGAUAUUUGGGCUGCAGGUGUGAUCACAUACAUACUCUUAUGUGGAUUUCCACCUUUUCGCAGUGAAAACAACCUUCAGGAAGAUCUCUUUGAUCAGAUACUUGUUGGGAAGCUGGAGUUUCCUUCUCCCUACUGGGAUAACAUCACUGAUUCAGCAAAGGAGUUAAUCAGCCUGAUGUUACAUGUGAAUGCUGAAGCCCGAUAUACAGCAGCACAGAUCCUAAGCCAUCCCUGGGUGUCAGAUGAUGCCUCCCAGGAGAAUAAUAUGCAAGCUGAAGUAACAGGUAAACUGAAGCAGCACUUUAAUAACACCCUACCCAAGCAAAAUAACACAUCUGCUGGGGUUUCUGUCAUCAUGAACACAGCUCUAGAUAAAGAGAGUCAGAUUUUCUGCAGCAAGCGCAGUCAGGACUCUGGUAGAGCUGGAAUGGAGAAAAUCUCUGCAAUUACUGCUGCAGCUGAUGAUCCUCUUGUGGCUGGGUCCAGGACACUCUUCCCUGCUGCUUCUGAGCCACUCAGUUUCCCCACGCUCCCUGCCUCAGUGUCUCCUGAGUUUGCUGGGGAUCAGCCUGGUGCGUAGGUGUGAUGAAACCAAAUCCAGCUGAAGCUCCCUGCACUUGCCACAAUCUUUUCAUUUCACACGACAAUUUGUUUUCAGUUUCUGUGCACCCUCUUGUGGCAAGCCCAAGGCAGGCUCUGUCAUGGGAGACUGAUCUUGUCAUAGCAGGCAAGUGAAUGUGUAUUUUGAGUGCCCUUUGCCCU